GAGCUGAACCCCAAAUCGCUUGAGGGAGUCCUGCUGCUGGCGGAUGUCUCAGGUUUCACUGCCUUGGCAGAGAAGUGUGUCCAGCAGAAUGGACCAGAGAGAGGAGCUGAGGAGCUGGCUCAUGUCCUCAACGCCUACAUGGGGGACAUUCUGGAGGUGGUGCUGGCUUUUGGAGGAGACAUCCUGAAGUUUGCAGGGGAUGCUGUGCUGGUGCUUUGGAGAGCAGCACCGCCUCAGAUGCCUAUGGCCAUCAACGUGGCGCUGCAGUGCUCCUGGAAAAUCCAGAAGAAGUACGGCACUCAUGACACGCACAUGGGUCUCAAGCUCCACCUGAAGAUAGGGAUCUCGGCCGGGAUUCUCUCCUUCAUAUCGGUCAGAGGUGGGGAUCAUCAGUACUUCUUCAUCUGCAGCCAGGCCCUGGACGAAGUUAUUGAGGCCCAGAGCCUUUCGGCUGACUAUGAAAUCAUGAUGUCACAGACCUGCUGGGAGCUCUGUGGGCAGCAACGAAUCAAGGCCGAAUCUAUUGCUGACAGAAGGGCCAUGAAGGUUGUGAGAAUGAUGCACUUAGCUCGCCAAGAAUACCAAGAUGCUAUAGGCCAGCUGAACAUGUACAGAGGGGAUUGGCAUUUGAAAGGGACGGCCCUCCAAAGGCCGGUUCUUAGGAGCUCUGGUGAUCCUGAAGUGGCAGCGAGGCUGGAGAUGCACAUACCGACAGCAGUUCUCCACAAGCUUCGUCAGGACGUGCCACUGGAGCUGUGCUCUGAGCUACGGCCGGUCACCGCCCUCUUUGUCCAGCUGCAGUUUCCUGACACGAUCAGCAUAGCGGAGCUCAGCAGCAGCCUCAGUGAUAGCAGCAGUAUGAUUUCAGAAAUCAUCAGCCCUCACAAGGGUGAAAUCAACAAAACUCUUCUGUUUGAAAAAGGCUGCACCUUUCUCUGCGUGUUUGGAUUUCCUGGAGAAAAAUUGGCCUGUGAGAGCACCCACACCUUGGAAUGUGCUAUGCAGAUCUUCCACAAGGCCUCCACGGGGCUGAGAAAACUCCAGCAAGUUUCUGUCGGGGUCAGCAGCGGGACGGCGUUCUGCGGCCUCACUGGCCAUCCUGAGAGGUGUGAACACACAGCCCUUGGCUUUAAGGUGAAUUUGGCCGCCCGCAUGAUGAUAGCCUACCCAGGGAUGGUGUCCUGUGAUGCAGAGACCCACGCGGCCUCUCGCCUGCCCAGCUACUGCUUCAAAGAGUUGCCACAGAGAGACAUGAAAGGUGUUACCAAUCCCGUCACCAUCUAUCAAUACAUGGGGAUCACCGAGCACCAAAAUGACAUGGGCCUUGCCAGGGAGAGGUCGCACUAUGGUCCCUUGCUGGGUCGUGAGGCGGAGAUCGAAACCUUUGAUUGCUGCUUGGAGGCCUAUGAGCUUUUGGAAGAAGCACAGAUCCUGGCAUUUGUGGGCAUUCCAGGCUCCGGAAAGAGCCACUUACUUGCCGAGCUGGCCGUUUUAGACCGGGCUACUAAGUACAAGGUCAACACUAUGGAAUUGACAGAGGACAACAUGAAGCAGCCCUUCUCUGCCAUCCGUCUACUGGUGGCCAGGGCGCUGGGUCUCCAGGGUGAUGAAACCUCCAGUGACAGGCAGCGCACUCUGCAGACCGUGCUCCAAGACACAGUGGAAGAGAGCAGCUAUUGCCUGCUAAACGAUGUUUUCUUAGUUGAGUUUCCCAUCACGGACGAGGUUUCCAAGAUGUGUUCCGCUGAAAGGGCCAGCGCGUUCCACCUGACUUGUACACAAGUGCUACAGAAGGUGCUUGGGGGGAAAUACGGCAUAUUUUUCAUCGACAACGCCCACUUCCUCGACACUAGGUCCUGGUCUAUCAUGUGGCCCCUGCUUCAAAGUGUCACGGUCUUUACGGUCAUGAGCUUAGUUCCGGGCCAUGACAGAACAGAGAGCAUUUUCAAAGCUGCCGCAGACUGCAAGACAUCUGAGACGAUCACUUGUGUUCGUCUGGAAGGGCUGAAAGCUUCAGCUGUAGUGCAGAAAGCCUGCCAGGACCUUGGAGUGAGCAGCAUCCCCAGGGAGCUAGCACGGUUCCUGAUCCAGAGAAGCUCUGGCAUCCCAUAUUACUGUGAGGAACUGCUGCGCUACCUGCGAUGCAACAACAUGCUCUUGUUGCACACUGGGAGGCCGGACGAAGGACAGGACAACUGGCAGAGCCUGAUUGCCAAGGCGUCACCUGCUGUCACCGCUGCCUCGAGCUUGGGUACCAGGAAUGACAGCGAAAGGAUCUGUACCAUCAGACCAGACGUGAGCCUGGAGAACCCCAUGCUGCCGGUGGCCUUGAAAGAGAUUGCGCUGGCUGAGCUGGAUCGGAUCAAUCUGGAGAAGCAGAUGGUUCUGAAGUUUGCAGCCAUCAUAGGGCCGGUGUUUACCACCCAGCAGCUGGUUCACAUUAUUCCCAGUAGCAAAAGGCACGGGAUUAAUUCACUGCUGGACAAGCUGGUGGAGGACAACAUCCUGAAGCAACUGGACAUCGAGAAGCCAGAAGGCAAGUGAGGUGCUACAAAGAGGCUGCCCACCUCUGGGCAGGCAAGAAGCGGGAUGAAGAGGCCCUCUGUGAGCAGGGAGACCAUGCAGCAGGAGUCUAAAAUCCUGGCCUUUUGCACCCCUCUGCUGUGGGAGGCAACUUACAAGCUGUGGCCCACGAGGCAGAAGAUCAACAUUCACUGUCAGUGUGCUGCCUUCCUGGAGAGGCAUGCACACAAAUGCCGGAGGUGCCACGAAGGGGACUUUGUGGCCUUC